UAUAAAUUUAGUUAGUAGCUGGUGAAACGACUUAAUAGAUGGUGUGUUGUGCUCUGUUCGGUGGAAAAUAAAAGAAUAAAAUAAAUAUUUAAAUUAAAAAGUGUUUUGAAAAUACUAAAUACAAUUAAUAACAAAUAAAUUAAUACUUAAUACAACUUCAAUUCAUCAGUUUAAAAUUAUGACACAUAAAGUAAAAAACAUUUUUUAAAAUAAAAAGAUAAUUACAUACAAAUAAUUUGUAUAAAACCAAGAUGUUUUAAAACAAAGAAUACUAAAUAAAACGUUUUAAGUACAAAAAUUAAAAGCAAAAAAAUAACAUAGAAACCAUGCAAUAAAUCGCAUAUAAAACAAAAGCAAAAUUAUUAAAAUGUUAAAUUUAUAAUAAAUUACAAAAUAAAUAAAAAAAAAACAAUCCUUUGGCAAAACCACAAAAAAGUCUUUGGAAAAUUCUGAAUAUUGAAAUUUAUCGAUGUCUAAAUUUAAUUUGCAAAAACAAAAAAUCACCUUAAAAAGUGCUAAACAAAAGAGAAAUAUUCCACCAAAACGGGCCCUUCAACAGCAGAGCUUUACAAAAAGACAACUAAAAGCCCCCAGAGUGCUAAACGAAUUUAAAAGGAUCUCAUUAUUAUUAUUCAUUAGCAAAAUAUCACCUAAAUUUAGCUAACAUUUAUUUAAACAAGAAAGAAAUUGCAACAAUUCAAAACCAAAUUCCCUUACAACAAAUUUAAAAACAAACUAAAAAAUGGCUGACAAUUUUUAUUUACGCAUACCCCCCACAACCCAUUCUAAAUCACCUUCCGUCCAUAAUUUACCCGAACAUUUUGAAAACCUCUUUCUAAAUGGCAACUUUGCCGAUGAUGACAAUACCGCCGCAGGAGCAGCGAAUGGAAAUAAUGGAGAUCGCUGUGACACCCACUGCUGGGUAUUCGGUUAUGGUUCAUUGUGCUGGUAUCCGGGUUUUGAGUAUAAUAAAUGCAUUACCGGUUAUAUAAGAGGUUAUAAUCGCCGAUUUUGGCAGGGCAAUACAACACAUCGCGGCACAGUUGACAAGCCUGGACGUGUAGCUACUCUGGUUGAGGACAAAGAGGGUAUCACUUGGGGCUGUGCUUACAGAAUAACAGGACAAACUGCCUUAGAUUAUUUGAAACAACGAGAGUGCACAUUAGGUGGCUAUACUACAGCAGAUACAAAAUUUUAUCCCCGCAUUGCAUCCUAUGACACACCCUUCGGCGGAGAAGCUUUAGAAGUUUUAAUUUAUGUAGCCAAUACAGAUAGCGAACACUGGCUGGGCGAAGAUAAUUUGGAAAAUGUAGCCAAACAAAUUGUCGAAUGCCAAGGACCCAGUGGACAUAAUGCUGAAUAUCUUCUACGUUUGGCAAAAUUUAUGCAUGAAGAAAUACCUGAAGUAUGGGAUGAGCAUUUAUUUCAAUUGGAAACAUUAGUCUUAAAAGAAUUACAUAAACGCAGUAUACCCGUUUGGUCGGUGAUGGGUAGAAAUCCAGAGCGCAUAAGACGAGAUUCACAUGAAGAAAUAAGACGACCUCCUAGUUUUGAGUUUACAUCACGUAUACCGGAACGUAAGCUGCGUUGUUUGAAUAUUUGAUUAAGACAACAAUACUUUCCAUACCGUGUUAGACAAGGAAGUAUUAAUAUAGUUUAGCAACGACGAAACUGGUCGAAAAACUAUUAAGUUUAAGAAA